AUGCCGUCGGGGGCCGCGCUGCUGGCGCUGGCCGCGUUGCUUUGCGCCGUUCCGCCGCCCGGUCCCCGCGGGGCGGCGGCGGCGGUAGCGGCGUGGACCGCCUGGCUGAACGUGUCGUGGGAGAGCGGCGCGGACCGCAACCGGAGCGGCUGGGAGGCGGGCGAGAGCGGCCUGUACGGGCUGGACUCGCCGCUGCAGCCGGCCGAGGGGCUGCUGGUGCUGCCCGACAGCCCCGACGCUUUCAAUGCCUGCAGCGCUCUCACCAACUUCAGCGGGGCCCCCCCGGCCGGCGGCUCCCCGGGCUGGCUCGCCCUCAUCCAGCGCGGCGGCGGCUGCUCCUUCGCCGACAAGAUCCGCCUGGCCGCCGAGCGCGGCGCCGCCGCCGCCGUCAUCUACAACUACCGCGGCACCGGCAACGAGGUGCUGCCCAUGUCCCACCACGGUGCUGAAAAGAUCGUUGCUAUUAUGAUUGGCAACCUGAAAGGCAUGGAGAUCCUGCGCCUGAUACAGAGCGGCAUGAAAGUCACCAUGGCCAUCGAAGUGGGCAAAAAGCGCAGUCUCUCCAUGAAUAUCUUCACCAUCCUCUUCAUCUCUGUGUCAUUUUUCAUUGUGGCAGCAGCAACCAUGGGCUGCUAUGUCUCUUACUCUGCUCGGAGACUCAUUAUGGCCAGGGCCCAGUCCAGGGAGAAGCGGCGGCUGAGGGCCAGGGCUAAGAAGGCCAUUGAACAGAUGCAGCUGCGCACCCUGAAGGAAGGGGACAAGGAGACUGGUCCAGAUGGAGAUUCCUGUGUUGUGUGCUUUGAGCAGUACAAGCCAAAUGAUGUAAUGCGUGUUCUGACUUGCAACCAUGUCUUCCACAAGACCUGUAUUGACCCCUGGCUUCUGGAGCACGGGACGUGUCCUCUGUGCAAAUGUGACAUCCUCAAAGUGCUGGGUGUUGAGAUGGAUGUCGAACCACGGUCUGAGCCUGUGCAAGCCCCAGGAUCCAGUGGCCAAAGACCUUUAUCUGCUGUCACUAUAGUUAAUGAAGAGGACAAUCUUAGUGAAACAGCAUCAUCUGGAUAUGAUUCUGUACAGGGACCAGAUGAAUCUGCUCAGGAGGCACAUGCACCACCAGAAAAUGACAAUGUACAUCCUGUAAGUGAUGAACCCCAGCCCUCCACUGUGACUGUCCUUUCACACGGUGACAACCCAGGCUUUGAGGGAGAUGAAACACAAGUUUGUGAAGGCAGGAUUGUUUGUGAAGUUACCUUCUAAGAACAUGCCCAGCCACAUGGUGUAAGCCUUCUGCAAGGAGCUGCCUACUGCCAUUCCAUAUAAACCAAAAGUUGCAAGACUGUUGCAGAAAAUACUGCACUGGAAAUGCUAAGAUAAAUAGACUUGUCCAAAUCAUAAUUGUAUGGCUUGCCUUUCUUAAAACUGUAUUUCCCACAGGAGUCUUAACACUCUUCAGAUAAAGCUGUCUUAAAUAUAAAGAAAACCAGCAGAAUUUAACUCAAAAAUUCCAUCUUCAGCAGAGCUUCUCUACUGUGUUUGAGUUGUUUAAGUGAGAAGAUUUUUUUUUAUGUCAUAGUUGUCUCCACUGGGAAUUAUUUUGAGUCGGGUUUUUUUGUUGUUUAUUAUUUUCAUUCAACUGGAUUUUCAUUGUAAACAAAUUUAUUUUGAUCUGUUCCAAUACUUAUUUAUGAGACAGUUUUGUUUAAAGAAACAUGGUAUUGAAUGUUUCAGUGCACUAAUUUGAUUGGAGAAAGUGCAAACUAAUGCUUGUCAAACUGGAUUUUUGUCCCACAGUGUCUUUGGUUCUCUCAUAACCGACUGAUUCUCUACCUCUCAACUCCAACCUGCCAACCACACAUUCCUAAAGGGAAAGAAAAGAGAGCUGCAAGCUGACAGGCCAAAUCUGACUUACUGUAAAGGGAACAACUGCAGGAACUUUUCAAACCUUGUUAAUGUUAGUCUGAAAGUUCCUCAAGUGAUUUGGGGAGCUGUAACCAUCUCUAGCACCAGCAAUAUGCCAGAGUCCUGGCUAUGUGGGAGUCUGGGAUGACUUCAGGAAAGACUCAGCUGAAGAUGAAAAGAUAGAUUCUUACAAAAGGAUCUGCUGUGUUUUGUUCAGAAAUGAUCCAGCCUCUGAAAAAUGCUGGACUGUUGCUGUACAUUGUCUUGCUCAAGUGCACAAGCUGCAGGGAGAGCCGAUGUCCUGUGAGUGUAACAGAGUUGGAGAAGCUGUCCUCUGUGUGGAGUUGAGAUGGGGUCAAGUAGGAACACUGGGUGCCUCAAUAGUAAGUGAACUGGCCUUGUCCAGUGAAGGUAACUAAGGAUGUCUUAUAAAUGCACUUUAUUUUUUUACCUCUGCAUCUUUGACUAGUUUCUAUUGUCUAGCAGGAUUUUUGUCUUAGAGCCUCCAAUAAAUAAAUUAAGGAACUGGGGGGGGGGGGGAAGCAAUGCAUUUUCUUAGCUAUAGGACAAAUGAAAUGGUUGUAAAUAUUUCAUAAUUUGUAUUGAAUUUGGAUAUGUAAAUGUAAAUAAAACUCUAUUUUUGAUGAUCCUGACUGACAUAAAAUAUUACUAGCUCUUAUGGAAGCAGAUGCUGAAUUUUCCCAGUCCCACAACCUCGAAGCACAUCCUUCUUUUGAGAGGCUAAAAAGUUGCUCAAAGUAAUUGGAAUAAAGAGUGCUAAUCAUGUGCAGGAUGCUGCUGUUACAUGGAUUGAAAUUGUGUUGAGAUGCUGAAACCUAGCAGCUGUACUCGAUGUUAAAGAAAAAUCCAAGCACUUUGGGAUGUGUUCAAUGAGCUGCUGAAUAGUGCUUGUAAGGCAUGUUCAGCACAGGGCAGUCUGCCAGACCAGAGUGGCUGCAUCUCACUUUUCCUCUGUCAGAUUGCUCACCAUCUCUUCCUCACUCCAAAGUCUAUGCUUGCUUUGAGGGAAAAAUAUUUUAAAAAAUAUUACUUGUCCUUUGUUCUGUACUCUUCUAUGAUUUACAGCUCUCCUGGCUGCUUUGGGAGCAGUUAAGCCUUGUAUUUCUUUUUAGCUCAGUUCCAAGUCUAGUCUAGAAAAUAUCAGUUGGUUCUGAGCUCCAGUUGUACAGCUGACUAUAAUCAGACUCCACUCUGAAGCUGUCGUUUGCUGUGAUUGCCUUUUAUUCUACCUCUGAAGUGCAGAGCAGUGAAAGGAACAGCCAAGCAGGAAAUAUACAGCCCCUGAUCACUUCAUUCAAUUUCCAUAUGACAAAGCUGGUAUAAAUUUACGGUGGUGUGUAAGCUCCAGUGUAGUAGAAUCUUACUAAGAUAUAGUCUCAUGAAAUCAUUUGCCAGUUUUGUGUUCAACAGGAGCAAAAUUUGAUGUUCAAGGAAAAAAAGGGAAGGGAUUCAGAUCAAUUCAAUACCAUGAAAGGUGCUUUUUGGGUUGCUUUGUUUGUAGAAUUAAGGCUUUACAUUUACUGCCUUUUAAGAGCAACAAACCUCUCUUUUCCACAAUGCUUGUAUUUACUUGUAUUUUUUGUGAAUGCACAGCCCUUUCUCAAGGAAUGCACUGGAGAAUUUGGGGAGGGGGAUGCAGAAGCUUCCAUUGAUGAACCUGUGCUACUCUAGGAUCAGAUGAUGUGUAUGUGAUCUCUCCAGGCAGGGGCUUGCUUGCUCAAGGCACUUAUGCUAAUUUUCAGGAAGAUACUUAUUUCAGAGGGAUUCUUACAUCAAAUGUGACCCACUGCUAAAGGAACACAUGCAGGUAAGUACCUGAGAAGUAUUGGAGUUACUGCUAGGCAGAACUUCAUCGUUCUCCAGUUUUGCAGCUUAACUUACAAGUCUGGCAUGUUCUUACCUGUGCAGAUUUGUUUGUAACUCAUAGCUGUACAAGGGAUUUGGUUUAAAAAUUAGAGUGUAAAUUUCGUGGACACCAUCUUGAUACUAAAUUUGGGUCUGUUGCUGUCAGACUGCCUUAAAAAAAUUUCAAAGAACCACUCUCACUUUUUUGUAUUUCCAAGUUUCCGUAGGUAGCAGCUGUCUUUACCAGCCCUACUUAGGGGACUGUGCAGCAAAAUGUUCACUUAUUUUUAGUUGUGCCAUGGGCUAGAAUGUCUCUGGGUCAUGUAAUAUGUAUGUUUAUGUGUGUGUGUGUGUGUGUGUGCAUGACAGACUCUCUCCUCUAAGCAAGAAGCCAAUAGGAGCGUGCCUGGGGCUAGGGUUGUUCCUGAAAAGCAAUAAAAAG